CGGUUCUCACAUUUCCCAGCAUCAAAUAUCAUCCCUGCCAAUCAUCUAAUCCUUUCACACUUUCAUUCUUUCUUUGAUCAUUUUCUAAGCUCUAAAAUCAUCAUCAUGGGUGUCUUCACAUACACAGACGAGUCCACCUCAGUCAUCACCCCACCGAGAUUGUUCAAAGCCCUUGUUCUUGAAGCUGACACCCUCAUCCCCAAGAUUGCUCCCCAAUCAGUGAAAAGUGCUGAAAUUGUUGAAGGAGAUGGAGGUGUUGGAACCAUCAAGAAGAUUAGCUUUGGUGAAGGAAGUCAUUACAGCUAUGUGAAGCACCGGAUCGACGGGCUUGACAAAGAUAACUUUGUGUACAGCUACAGUUUGAUUGAAGGAGAUGCUCUUUCAGACAAGGUUGAGAAAAUCAGUUAUGAGAUUAAGUUGGUGGCAUCUGCUGAUGGAGGUUCCAUCAUAAAGAGCACCAGCAACUACCACACCACAGGUGAUGUUGAGAUCAAGGAAGAGGAUGUUAAGGCUGGCAAAGAGAAGGCGACUGGUCUGUUCAAGCUUAUUGAGAACUACCUUGUGGCCAACCCAGAUGCCUACAACUAAAUGUAGCAUGUUGAAGAGAGUCUUUGCUUCCAGAGUCAUCAUUCAGUGAUGUUUGUUUUCCUUUUUCUUUUCUUUCCUUGUUGUGUGUGGCCAAGGGCUUGCACUUGGAGGCCUCUGUUAUAUCAAAGUGUGACUGUUGUAUUUUUUUUCAUUCUCUAAUAAAUAAAAGGAAUAUCAUCAUAUAUUCU